CGGCGGGGGCACAUGAGAGUGCAGUGGAGCGGAAACGGGACCCGAAGUGAUCGACAAGGGGUCAAUUGAACCUGCUGCACCCGGAUGUGGGGUAUGCGAUGCGGUUGUGCUGUUGAGGGGUUUUGGAGGGAUUUUGCGGCAGGCACCAGGGAAUGAGGCUCCGAGGAGGCUGUAUUUCGAGAAUCGGAGUCAAAAUGGGUCGUUGAGGACGCUCAGGGCGUCAAUCUGGAGAUGGGUUUGGGGGGAGACGACGGGCGCGGGGCGUGGUGUGAUGGUGGUUAUGAGGAGGUGAGGCUGGUGCAGGAGAGCCGGUCCAGCCCAGCGGGGGGUGGCACGGCGGGAGGUGAGGUCCAUGGACGAGGCCAUGUUGAGGGCGCAAUCGUCGAUUAUUCUGACCGAUCCGAUCCGGGCGAGGGCCAAGGAAACCAACGAAAGGCACGGGCCAGGGCCCAGACCACUUGCGGCACUAGGGCCCCGGUCGCGUGCAAAAGGCUUGCGGUUGCGGUUGUUGCCGAGCGAACUUCCUCAUCCUCGUCACCUGUUCCGACUUCCAAACCUCCUCCUCCUGCUCUUCACGCCACGCCGAUUCUGCGAUGCGCCUAACAAAGUCUCCCUCCAUCGAGGCAGAUGCCGUCUCCCGCAACCUCUGACGGACGAGUGAGCUUGCACGGCUACAACCGACAUUUCCACGCCUCGUCCCGCGGAGCCCAUGGACGGGGCUCACCUGCACCCUUC